UGUUUGCAGAGAUGAGAGAUCUUAAGCUGGCUUGAGGGGGCAAAGAUGCAGUGUCCACAGGUCGCGCUGGUGGUUCCCCCCGGCCUCGAGGCCGUGCUGGAGGCAGUGACCCGGGCUGUUCUAGAAAGGAACCCGAACAACAUUAUUGAGUUUUUUGCUCUCUAUUUCGAAGAACUCGUCAGCUUUCAAAAAGGUUUGUUCUGCUGGAAGUAUACAAAUCUGGACGUAACAGAACUGAUUGAAAAGUUUGAGUAUAUCAGUGGAAGGAAAUCUACCCCUGGAUCCAAUGCAGCUCUAUCCCCUGCUGUCCAAGAGCACAGUAGCAUUGAGUCCCUGUGUUCCAUGAGAGAUGUGGCAACCAGUGUGCAGACCGUUGAUGAAGACUCUCAGACCUCAGAGGGUGAACGUACACCAGUGGAAGAGGCUGCUGAAGAUGCUUCCCCUGUCUCAGCAGCUAGGGCUUCUGUGGAGUCUGUUAAGUCCCAGCCCUCCACAGCUGGAAAACAAGGGCCCUCAGACAGCCAGGCUGAUGUCUCAACAACUGACGUAAAUAAAGCUCCCUCGGUGGCCCCUUUGCAGGAAGAACCAGCACCACCAGCUCUUUUACUACCACCAGCUCUUCCUGAAGAUACAUCAGAGCCUGUGCCCUUCUGCAGCAAAGAGAAUGGGGAUGAGGGAUUGGAAAAGAAGACAUCAGAGCUUUCUGGGGAGUCCAAGCAAAAGGACACGUGCACUGAAAAAGAGGACGACCAUCUCCCAGAAGAAGCUGACAUCCAAUACAGCUCCAAAGAAACUCAAUAUCCAUCAGUUGCCGGUUCCAUUGCAGGAAGCAAAUCUACCCCUGGAUCCGAUGGAGCUUUAUCUCCUGCAGAACCUGAACCAGUGUGUGUCCCUGCUGAGCCUGCACAGCUUGCUGAGCAUGUGCGAGGUAGCAGUGAUUCCUUAUGUUCUAUGAGGGAUGUGGCAACCAGUGUGCAGACCAUUGAUGAAGACUCUCAGACCUCAGAGGGUGAACGUACACCAGUGGAAGAGGCUGCUGAAGAUGCUUCCCCUGUCUCAGCAGCUAGGGCUUCUGUGGAGUCUGUUAAGUCCCAGCCCUCCACAGCUGGAAAACAAGGGCCCUCAGACAGCCAGGCUGAUGUCUCAACAACUGACGUAAAUAAAGCUCCCUCGGUGGCCCCUUUGCAGGAAGAACCAGCACCACCAGCUCUUCCUGAAGAUACAUCAGAGCCUGUGCCCUUCUGCAGCAAAGAGAAUGAGGAUGAAGGAUUGCAAGAGAAGGCAUCAGAGUUUUCUGGGGAGUCCAAGCAAAAGGACGUGUGCACUGACACGGAAGAAGACCGUGUCUUUGAAGAACCUGAUAUUCAGUACAACUCCCAAGAAACUCAAUACCCAUCAGUUCCUGGUUCAGUGGCAGGAAGGAAAUCUACCCUUGGAACUGAUGGAGCUCCAUUCCCUGCAGGACCUGAACUGGCAUAUGUCCCUGCUGAGCCUGCACAGCUUGCUGAGCACGUGCGAGCCAUGGCAUCAAGUGCAGCAGGACAACCACCACCACCACAUUCUAAUGUGUGGACCCUCUAUUGCCUAACUGACUUGAGACAAGGUCAAAAACCACCACCAUCCCUUCCUUCUGCUGGAGCUGGUGUUGCUUAUUUCCAGGCAACUCUCUGCCCUUCCAGGGGGGGAGAUCAACAUUGUGCUCCAAUUUAUGUGGUGCAAGAAGACGGCAAGAAGGGAGAUGCACCACCUUUCAUUUUAGUGGGCUCUAAUGUUCAGAACACACAGGACUGGAAACGUGUUCCUAGCCAUGCUGUCUUUGUACAGCAAGAUGCAGGUGCUAGGAAGAGAUUAACUACAGUCCGAAUCCCAGUCGCCAGACCAGCUGAUGAGGAAACAGACAGUUCUAAAUCUGCAGAGGAAACUGGGGCCAAGCCCUGCACACCCACUGUUGUCUCAGUUGCCAUCCCUCUGGCUGAUGUGAUGGCUGCAAAGAGAGGCUCACCUGCUGGUGGGAAGCACACAGGUAUAAAUGCUCUUGCAGAAAGUUCUGGUGCUGCAGGGUAGAUUGCCAUUUCAUCAGCC